AUGGAAUUUACUCCCAGAGUCCAACAGCCAGGCGUGUCUGCAUUCACGUGCAAUUCUUGUAUGAUCAAGUUCGUGACUGCGGAUCUGCAGCGAAUGCACAUGAAGACGGAAUGGCACAGGUACAAUUUGAAGCGCAGGGUGGCAGAACUGGCACCGGUCUCUUCGGAUGUUUUUGCGACAAAGUUUUUCAUGAAAACAAAUGAUACGUCAAGCACCAAUGAGGACGAGUUUGGGUUCCAUGUGCACCAGAAGAGAAGGGGAAGUGGUGGUAACAGACAGAUCACAAAGAAGGACCUCAGAAGGCAGCAACGACUACGAGGAAGGGUUCAUGAUGACGUUCUGAUAGAUAUACGUGAUCAGAGUCCUGCGUCGAGCGUUGCGACGGAAUUAUCUCGAUUUUCGCUAGGCCAGCCAGUUGAUCUGACCAGAGUCAUUUCUGACCAAACGGAGUCUGCCUACGAAACCAUGAGCGAGGCAAUGUACUCAACAGACUACGAGUUGAUAUCUGAGUCUGAUGCCUUCCACGAAUCAGAAUCAGAGAUUGACUCUGGCUCAGAACCAGAGGCUGAACCAGAGGUUAGCUUGACUUCGUGUAUUUACUGUGGGAGGGAAAGCAAGGAACUGGAACGUAAUAUCACUCAUAUGUUCAAACACCAUGGCUUGUAUAUUCCAGAAAGGUCAUAUCUCAGCGAUGUUGAAGGGUUACUCACAUACCUAUCCACCAAAGUUUUAGUGGAUUUCGAGUGUAUUACGUGUGGAUUUCUGGGAAAAGGCACUCAAAGUACGAGGCAGCAUGCUAUUGCUAAAGGCCAUUGUCGCAUACCCUAUGAAACGAAACAAGACAGGAGUUUUUUCGGCCAAUUCUACGAUUUCAGUUCUUUGAAAGAUGUUGAAAAGCCACCCAAGAAGUCGACGAGAUCUGCAAAAUCUGUUUCGUUUGCGGUGGAAAGUGAGGAUGCUGAUACUACCCUAGUCCAUGAAAGCGAAUCAGAUGAUUCCGACGAUAAUGAUUCAGAGUAUGAUGAUGACUCCGGUUAUACACUGGUGCAAAUUAGGGAUAAUGGAAUAGAACUGGAACUCCCAUCGGGGCUGGUUCUGGGACACAGAUCCAUGUCGAGAUAUUACAGGCAGAACCCAAGACUUCCCAGAGACAUACCUGAUUCUGAAAAGACCGUUGCACUGGCCCAUCCUUCGGCACAGGAACUGGCCACAGAAAGGUUUCUCACCAAAGAAAAUACAAGCAGCAACAGGAACGCUGAUCGUAAGAGAAGCAGGAAUAUCAGCCGACAACUGAAGAUGGGAAACAAUCAUGAGAACUACCGUCCACAAAUGCUGUGA